ACUAAAAAGUUCUCCCUCCAAUCUCCAUUUCCAUCAUCUCAUUACCAAGAAAUUUUCUGCGGUCCAAACUAAAUUUCAUAUUAUACACCCAUGAAUUUCUCCCUCCUCCGCCUGAUAAUUUUCUCUUUCUCUGCAAUCAAUCUCCUCCACCACGGCAGCCCUCGAAUAUCUUGGUUUUCCGGCAUUGUUCCCGGCCGCCGAUAGCCACCCGAGUUAUUACUACUGCUACUAUUAUUAUUAUUCCAUAUACCGGUAGAAUAUUGCGGAAUCCGGCCGUCGCGAUCGGGCUCCGCCAUGGAAGAUGGAUAGAUUAUUCUCAAGGCCGGCAUCACGCCUCCGCCAAUUCCGGCGAUCUCUGAAAUCCCCAGCGGCGGCCCCGACGGCGGCGGGCUCCCCGGACGAGCCCCACGAGCCCCAAUGGCGGGACCGGAUCUUCGACCCCAGCAGCCACGUCGUCAACCUGUGGAACCACUUCUUCCUCGUCACCUGCCUCGUCUCCCUCUCCAUAGAUCCCCUCUAUUUCUACCUUCCCUACGUCGGCGGCAAGGCCUGCAUGUCGACCGACAACGGCGCCUCCGUCGCCAUCACCUACUUCCGCACCCUCACCGACUUCUUCUACGUCCUCCAUAUGCUGUUGAAAUUCCGCACCGCCUUCGUCGCCCCGAGUUCUAGGGUUUUCGGGCGGGGCGAGCUCGUGAUGGAUUCCAGAGAGAUCGCGAUGAGAUAUCUCAAAUCGGAUUUCAUAAUUGAUUUCGCAGCCACUCUCCCUUUGCCCCAGAUUGUGAUAUGGUAUGUGAUUCCGGCAACAAAGGGGAAAAACGGGUCGGGUCACGACAACAACACCAUAGCCCUGAUCGUCCUCAUUCAAUAUCUUCCACGGCUUCUGGUCAGCAUUCCAUUGAACCAGAGGAUUAUCAAAACAACAGGUUUUAUUGCUAAGACAGCCUGGGCUGGAGCUGCAUAUAACCUCAUCCUCUUCAUGUUAGCCAGCCAUGUUCUAGGGGCUUCAUGGUACCUGUCUUCUAUAGGACGGCAGCAUUCCUGCUGGACAAUGCAGUGUGAGAUCGAGCGCAAUGCCGUUCCCCCAUGCAUACCCAGUUUUCUUGACUGUGAGAGCUUGAAUACGCAUAAGCUUGAGAGGGAGUAUUGGCUGAACACCACUUCUUUGCUCAUGCGUUGCGAUCCCAAAAAUGACGAUUCUAAUUUCAAGUUUGGAAUGUUUGCCGAUGCGUUCACUAGUGAAGUGGCUUCUUCUAGUUUCAUUGAGAAGUAUCUCUAUUGCCUCUGGUGGGGCCUAAGAAAUUUGAGUUCAUAUGGACAGAAUCUGAUGACUAGCACUUACGUCGGGGAAACAGUCUUCUGCAUUUCCGUGUGUAUCAUUGGUUUAAUUCUAUUUUCUCAUUUGAUUGGAAAUAUGCAGACAUACCUGCAAUCUCUGACGGUGAGACUGGAGGAAUGGAGGAUAAGGAGAAGAGAUACAGAAGAAUGGAUGAGGCAUAGGCAAUUACCUGCAGAUCUCCAGAGACGGGUUCGUCAAUUCGAGCAGUACAAAUGGCUGGCAACAAGAGGAGUGAAGGAAGAAACCAUCCUGGAAUCAUUGCCCCUUGACAUACGCCGUGAGAUCAAGAGACAUCUUUGUCUCAACCUUGUUCGCAGGGUCCCAUUCUUCGCACAGAUGGAUGACCAAUUACUGGAUGCCAUCUGCGAGCGUCUGGUCUCAUCUCUGAGCACGAAAGACACGUACAUUGUGCGGGAGGGGGAUCCAGUGAGCGAGAUGCUUUUCAUCAUCAGAGGCCAACUCCAAAGCUCCACCACAAAUGGAGGAAGAUCUGGGUUCUUCAACACCAUCAUCCUCAGACCAGGAGACUUCUGUGGGGAGGAACUACUCACCUGGGCUCUGGUCCCAAACUCCUCUCUGAACCUGCCUUCUUCAACCCGCACCGUGCGGGCGCGCUGCGAAGUAGAGGCGUUCGCGCUUCGUGCAGAAGACCUGAAGUUCUUCGCGGUCCAGUUCAAGCACCUUCACAGCAAGAGGCUGCAGCAUGCUUUCAGGCACUACUCCCAACAGUGGAGGACAUGGGGUGCAUGUUACAUACAGGCAGCAUGGAGAAGGUACAAAAAGAAGAAGUUGGCCAAGGAGUUGUCUGUACAGGAGAGGGAGUAUUAUCAUUAUGUGCCCAUUGAAGACGAAGGAGAUGAUGGGCAGUCAUCAGGUGGUGAUGAAGAUGGCGGGGACAACGCGCAGCACCUUGGAGCCACAAUCUUGGCCUCCAAGUUUGCUGCAAAUACAAGAAGAGUUCAAAAGGUUAAGGUGGCUGACCCUGCCCCUUCUAGCUUGAACAUGCCACAGCUGUGCAAGCCAGAAGAGCCUGAUUUCUCUUUAGAAUGAAUGAUACAACAAUCACAACCACUAAGGUCCUUACAAGCCAUGUUUCCACCACAGAGAUGAACCCUCACUUCUUUUUCUUUGGUUAGAUCUAACUAGGCUUUGGGUUGAGUCUUUUUGUAUUGAAUAGUCAAAGGUAUUUUGAUUAGGAAGAAUAGAAGAUGAUGUUAUACAACAUGGGUCUCUUGCUCCUACCUUGCUGGAACAGUUCAAAAAUGUUGUUUUUUUUACUCUCACUUCAAGAGUCUUUCUUUGUUAUAUUG